UUGCCAUUUGAUGUCAUGUUUAGUAGGUCGGGGAGCGAGUCAGGGUCCAACUCAGGGUCAAGCCGCUCUCGGUCCAGAUCUCGUAGCCAUUCGCAUUCCAGCUCCAGUUCUAGCCAGUCAGGUUCCAGCAGUUGCAGCUCAGGUACAUCGUCACAAGGAACUGACAAGUCCUGCUCCCCGCACAGCAGUAGCCACCAUGGGGCAGCUAGGAGUGGACGCGUGUGUGGGGUGGCUCUGCAGUCAGCGGUGAGUGCGCCACAUGCCAAUAACGUGAGUCCAGCCGUGCAGAGUGAAGAUCGAAGACCUUUGGCAAUCUGUGUCCGAAACCUGCCCGUUCGCUCCAGCGACACGAGUCUGAAGGAUGGGUUGUUCCACGAAUACAAAAAGCAUGGGAAGGUAACAUGUGUUAAGGUGGUGGGGCAGGCAGGCGAUCGUUAUGCGUUGGUUUGCUUCAAGAAGGCAGAUGAUGUCGAGAAGGCAUUGGAAGAGUCCCACAACAAGCUCUUCUUCGGUUGCAAGAUUGAGGUGGCACCCUGCCAAGGCUAUGACGUGGAGGACAAUGAGUUCAGGCCUUACGAAGCGGAGUUGGACGAAUUUCAUCCAAAGGCAACACGGACUCUGUUCAUUGGCAACCUGGAAAAAGAUGUUACGGCUUCAGAACUACGGAAAAACUUUGAGCAAUUUGGGAAGAUCAUUGAGAUUGACAUCAAGAAACAGGGCGUUGUGUCGUCGUAUGCCUUCUGCCAGUAUUCAGACAUAGCGAGUGUAGUGAAAGCUAUGCGGACGAUGGACGGGGAACAUCUUGGCAACAAUCGCAUCAAACUCGGCUUUGGGAAGUCCAUGGCUACUAAUUGUGUUUGGGUGGAUGGCAUUGCAGACACAGUGUCAGAGAAGUACCUGAAUCUGCAGUUUAGCCAGUUCGGCAGCGUCACUCACGUCACUGUCGAUCGUGAACGGGGGCACGCUCUCAUCUAUUUUGAGCAGGUCCCUUAUGCCCAAGAUGCAGUGCGUGAAAUGAGGGGCGUGCUGCUACGUGGCCGCAAGCUGCAAGUAGACUUUGCUUCUCGGGAGUGCCAGGAAGAAUUUUAUGAACACUUAGAGAAACAGGGUGAGGCUGUCAGUGGUGAACGGCCAUGGGAGCGCUGUGAUAGCAACCGGGAGGUUCAGGCAGGGAGGUUUGAGACAACUGUUGUAGUGCCAGGUGCUCGGUUUGCAAGGUAUGAUACACAGCAGCGUCCAAGAGCUGCGUCGUACAGUCGCACCGCAAAUUGCAGUACCAGCACACCAGUGGCAGCUGCUGUCGGAACCACCGUGGUCCAGGGUAGGACGGCCGCACGUGUGCAGCGGGCGGGGCAGCGGUACGAGUACUAUGAUACAGAAUAUCCUGACAGGAGAUACAGGAAUUAUGAUGAAUUCAGCCAGGGCAGUGCAGCAAGUCAUGAUGACUCUUAUGAACAGGAGUUGCGUGACUAUGGUUAUUGCCAGCGCGAACGUGGAGAUAGUAGCCCAUCGCCAGGAGCAUGCGAUGGAGAGACGUCAUCUGUGCGGCGGAGUGUCGCUGUGGUGGCAGCACGGCCUGCUAAGAGCUGCAGUCCUGGGGACAAGGUUCCCUGUAGUGAGGAAGAUCCUGCCUACAAGCGACAUUCUCUACAGAGUGUCGUCGUGAGCGGCGAUGUAGCUGCCCCUUCUCAGCUUCCCCCUCCCCCAAGCAGCGUGCAGCAUCCACUUGAUAUUCGCCACCUGCAGAAGGAGAGGGUUCACAUUCAGUCUCUACUGGAUCAGUUGGAAAGUUCUGGUGAUGAUGAUGGUGGCAUGUCAAGCUCAGCACCAAAGAAGCGGCUCAAGCUUGUGAGUGAUGACUGUGGUGAGCCCCCACCCUCUUUGCCUAUGUGUACAGUUGGACCAGGUGGAAUGGACAUGUGCUAUGAAAAUCAUGGUGAUGUAGGUGCACCAUCUUUGGUUGUGACGACCCACAACCAUAGGAAGAGUGUGUCGGAAGUGCGAAGGUUAUCGGACGUUAGUGGUAAACACUGUAGUCGAAGACUUAGUACUGACAGUGCGUCAAAACAUGGUGGGGCAGGGAGGGAUGUACGUGAAACAUCUGCAGAUCGCCUGGUGUCAGUGCAGUCAUAUUCUCCUCAUCCUGUAUGUAAGCGCCGUAAAACAGGUAGUAGCACUAGUGAAAGUGAAGACCGCAUCAGUUGUCGUAGUACUAAGCAUUCUCAUCACCACCAUCACCAUCAGCAUGGAGAACCUGCUGCUAGUACAUUGGCCAUGAGUGGGGGGGAAAGUGUGGAUGGUAGUCGUCCAGGUACACCUCUAUGCGAUGAAAGGCCGGAGAACCUUUUGCCGCCCACGGAGCCUCGUCGAUUUCCUCGUGACCGGCUAGCCACUGAAGGACCUCUGUCACUGCCCCUGCCCAGGUUUGCAGCACAAGUUCUUUCCUCUACUCCUCGUUUGUCAGUUUCAGUGUCUGGUAUUACGUCGUCUGGUAACAAAGCUGCUCCAGUGUCAUCACCUCCUACUGCUAUAACUUCUCCGCGGCCUGUACCAUCACAUCUACAGCCAGUUGUACACCAGCCCCCUCCGAGUCCUGUCACAGUACCACCUCCAGCAUCUCCCCCACCAAGACCCGCAUCACUACCUUCUUCAUCUUCAUCUGAUUCUGAGCUUUCACCGCCAUCUCCCACACUUGAGGAGCGUAUUCGUUCCCUGGAUGAGAAGUAUGAGAAAUGGUCAGGUUCAAGAGCACUCAGUGCAGCAGGGGGUGAUGCACUUGCCAAGUUGGAUGCGUCAGUUAGUGAGCGUUUCAGAUUCCGCCACAACUUACUUGACUUAGACUUAAAUGAACUACCACCAUCGGACAUUGUGAAAUCAGUACUUGCCAAGAGAAGUGUGUUUGAUGAGGACUUAAAGCGACUUGAAAACGUUAGUGACAAAUAUGAGCCUCGAGAAUUUGUACCAUAUACACGCCCCCCUGGUUGUUUUCAAAGCUUGCGAAUCAAGACUGAGUGUAAGAGGGAGUUUCCAUGUGCAACCCCAACUAAAUCUGUGGCUUCAGCUACCCCUCUUGCUAGUACUCCAGCCACUCCUGGAAUAACUGGAAAAGUGGUAUCAUUCCCAAACCCUUCUAGUAGACUAAUGGGCACUCCUUCACCAUUGCACUCUCCUUCUCACCCCCUGCCAAAGUCUCCUUUCUCAUCGAGCACCCCAAUCACUCCUACACCACUGAAGUCACAUAUGUCUCUAUCUCCAGUUGGUAUCACUCCUCUGCAUACCCAGUGUGGUUCCAAGCUACAGCAGCAACAACAACAGCCUGUACCAAAGGCUCCAAGUACUGGACUACCACCUGCUGCCAAGGGACUUCAGUAUCCUUUCCCCAGUCACCCACCAGUUUUGCCAACCACCACAGUAGCUACUACAACAGCAACAACUGCUGCAGCAUUGGUGUCUGUUUCAAGUGCGGGAGUGAAACCUAGCUUGUCAGUAACGGUGCCGACCUCAGCCACAGGAACUAUGAUUUCACCUGAGAUUACAAGGACAUGUGUAGCAAAGCCUGUCGGACCACUGACAAAUACUACUGCGUUUUUAGCAGAGGUGUCGCGAUCUUCUGUGAUGAGGCCAUCAGUGACGGUUCUCACCACAGCUACAGGCACUAAACCUACUGCAGAAGUUACAAGUAGGGUUCCUUUGAAACUUGUUUCUUCUGCACCCAUUCCCUCUCCAACAUCAGCUGGCAGAGUUCUGUCGCCUGGUUUGUCGCGAUUACCAACGUGUGUUAAGCCCUCCACACCGACAGUAACAUCUGUAUCAGUGAGCACCGCGUUGGUUACGGACACAUCGAGGACAUCCUCUUUAAGCAUUAAAAGUACCAGUAGUUCAGUGAUGUCAUCGCCAGAAGUUACAAGGUUCCAGCCCUUGACGACUAAUACGUCGACGCGGAAUUUGUCAACUGUUGUACCUUCUUCACAAUCGAUACCAAAGGUCUCAUCCAUAUUGUCUCCAUCUGUACCAGCUACUGUGAAAGUUUCAACUGUCACAACCAAGCCAAGUUCAAAUGCUACUUCAGAUGUCACAACAGCCACCACGAGUUUAAUCUCACAGUCAUCCCCACCAAAACCUUUAAAGCCAGUGGAACAGUCACUAAAGAGUAUCAAGGACCAUAUUCCUGGUCCUGUUAGAUCAGAUGUUCCUCAGUCUAGCAACAUUCCUUCACUUAAAUCAACAAGUGAAAUUCCUAUUGUGUCGUAUAGCCCAAGAGUCGUCAUUAUCCCAGUUUCCGUUACUAGCACUUGUGCACCUACUGUGACCACAGUGGUUGCUUCUAGCACUGCAACAACCACAGUAUUAACCAUGACCAUGGCAUCUACCGUUGUCACUUCCACAACUUUUACAACUUCGAUGUCAACUCCUACAACGAAUUCCUCAUCAGAGUCAACAAGAUCGAACAUUAAGCCAAAACCCUGUGCUGUGUCAAAGAAGGAACAAUCUUCACAGUCUCAACUCCCGUCUAAAGACAAACAUUGUGAUAGUGGCAGGCAGUCAGCUGGUGUGAAGAAAGAGUCCCAGCUAACUUUUUCAGCAGGUUCAGUGAAUUCUUCCAAGAAAGAUAAAGAUAGCAACUGCAGAGAACAAGAAAUGAAGAACAAUUCCAGCAGUAGUCAUAAAUCUAAGACUUCAGGUCAUGUGGAAGAGAGGAGAGAUAGGAAAGAAAGUGUUGGAUCAGUGUGUGCUAGAAGGGAUAGUGAGAAAGAUGGGGAACCUAAUGACAGGCUGAGGGAACGAUUGGAAAGCACAGAAAAGGAUAAAAGGAGGGAUCGGGAGUCUGUGGAGUGUGCAGAGAGAGACAGAAGGAAAGACAGUCAUUCUAUGGAUACAGAAAAGGAAAGGAGGAAAGACAGUAUUGAUAGUUUGGAAAAGGAUAAACAGAAAGAUGAAUGUGUUGAUAACCUGGACAGAAGAAAGGAUGUGGAAUUUAAUGAUAAAGAUAGAUGGAAAGAUGGACAUAUAGAGAAUGUUGACAAGGAUAGGUGGAAAGAUAGAGAAGAAAACCAGGAGAAGGACCGACAGAAAGAGAACCACAUGACAGAUAAGGAUAUAGAGUCUGCAGUUGACGCUGAAAAACGAAUAGAGAAUACCGAGAAACGCAGCAAGGAGCGCCGAAAAGAGCGUGGAAGCAGCAGUGGUUCACCAGCCAGCAUAGGGUGUAAGCGACGAAUGAGCUCUCAAGACAGUGUAGACAGUGUACCUGAUGAUGCGAAGCGCCUCAAGUUGGAGCAUCACAAGAUUGCAGAACGGCGGGACUCAAAGGACAGUGGGCGUAGCAGUGGAAGCAGUAAGCGCAGUAGCAGUGAGCGUCCACGAAGUCAUGGCAUUGCCAGCGCCAGCAGUGAUACCAAGAGUUCUGCUAAGCUCUUGGAGGACAAAAUUCGUGAAGACAGUAAACGUCAGCAGGGCAAAGAUGAUGCUGAUCGCAAAAAGGAGAGUUGUGACAAGCACAAAUCUAAAGACAAACAGAAGAGGAAGAACAAGUUAGACAGAGACAGCCCCAAGGAAAUGAGAGACUUCGCUACCAAGUCUAUAAAGGACCCAGCUCUUGACAAAGAGUUAUCUCCCAAAUCUGGUAAAAAGAAAGAUGAUAGUGACAUUGAAGAUAAGGAAGAUGGGAAACAUAAACAUACCAAACGAGAGACAAAGGAAAAGAAGAAACAGGUGAAGGAAGAGUUUGGAAGUACUGAGUUUGUGGAUGAGAAGGGGCGGGCAGCAAAGAAGGACAGGGACAAAAGGAACAGCAGUGAGCGGAGGAAGGACGAGAGCACAGGAAAGGAUGAUCAAAAGUUUACAUCACAGAAGAAGGAAAGAAAGUCCCAGAAGAAGGAAUUCAGUAAUUCAGAUUCAGACAGUGAAGAUGGGAGUGGUGAUGGACCCAAGAAACAUUCCAUAUUUGAUAUUGUGGAUGAUGGCCCAGUGUACAUCUCUAUGUAUGACAAGGUUAAAGCUCGUUCUACCAAGAACAUGCAGAAGCAGGAGGAAGAGCGACGUCAGGGAAUGAUGAGAGAGAAGUUUGAUAUACUUAAGAAGAAGCGAGCCAAGCGAGAAGAGAAGAAACGAUCUACUUCGUGGGAUGAAGACUCUGAUACAGACAAUGAUCAAGGUGGAAAGUGCAAGCGUCAUGUGAAACUUAUGAUUAGCAGCUCCUCUGAGGAUGAUGGCCGUUUACGGUAUGAUGGCGAUGAGCCCAAGUUGAAUAAAAUUAGACCUGUGGUGAGAAUCAAGAAAGAAGAUAUCUGUACUGGAAAAUCUGAUUCUGAUUCUGACAUUCUUGGAAGAAUUGGGAAAGAAGUGCGCAGAUCUGGAGUUACUAAUAAGCAGGAUGGAAGUGAAGAUGAUGAUAGUUCAGCUCGAAUCAAACAUCUUACAACAUCUGGAAAAAGGGGAAACCGCUCUAAACUUAUUUCUGAUACAUCUGAGGAUGAUAAUACAAUGGUCAGGUUUAAACCAAAUGCACAAAAGAUAUCAGAUUCAUAUUCAGUCGAUAGUGACGCUGAUCAGGGAUUUGCUGACUCAGAUGACAAACUAUCUACCUCUAAAAAGUCUGCUACUAAGAAUGAUAGAAUGGGAAAAGGUACAGCGGACUUCUCCAAUGAUGAAAAUAACAAGAAGCUGAUCUCAGAUUUAACAAAAACAGGUUCAGAUAAACAGUUAGGUGUGAAGAAAUGUGGAAACAGAAACAAAUUGCAUAAAAAUAUGCUGGAUUCCUCUGAUGAUGAGUAUAAUAGGAAGUUCUUGAGUGAUGUGAUCAAAUCAGAGGCUUUCGGUGAUGAUAAGCAAGCCAGUUUGAAAAAAUCAUUUGUUAAAAACAGGGCACCCAAAGAUUCGCUGGAUUCUUCAGAUGAUGAAAGUUCCAGAAAAUUGUCUGAUGUAUUGAAGACAGAUAAUUAUGGAACUGAUAAACAAUCAAAUUUAAAGAAAUCAUUUGUUAAAAAUAAGUUCAAGAAUACUGUGGAUUCAUCAGAUGAUGAAAAUGUGAGAAAGCUGUUGAAUGCUCCCAAGGGUGACAUUUUUGGUGAAGAAAAACAAUCCCUGUUCAGAAAAUCUGUCCUGAAGAACAAGACAGCUAAAUGUUUUCCAGAUCAUACCAUAGAAGAGUGUGCAAAGAAAUUUCUCUCAGAUUCUGAAAAGGCAGAUAUAUUUGGAGAAAACAUUGAAAUGGAAAAGUGUGUCAUAACACAGUCAAAAACUACAGUGGCCUUGAGCAAUUCUUCCGAUUGUGAGGUUGCAACUUUUACACCGCCACCUCAGCUUGACCAGAAACCAUCUUUCCAUGGGAAUUCUGUUGACAAGGGAAGUGAUGUGUCCCGAAAGAAGUCACACAAAAAGAAGCAGAAGCGCCAAAAGAACUUGCAGCCUUGUGAAGAUGGCCUUGAGAAAACAGUGUGUAUAAAAUCUGACUUAGUACUGGAUAAACCUGAGGUAGAUGAUGGAAAGCCAAAAGCAGAUGGUGAAAGGAAGAAGCAUAAACGUGAACGACGAAAAUCAACCCAUAGUAAGAGCAUAGAUAGCGAAGAUAGUAAACAGACAAAAGUUCGUAAGAAGAAAAUUUCAAAGCCUGAGCUAGGUGUCCUGAAAGCAGAGAGUAGCCUCAAACGUGAUGGAAAGAUGGAAGAUAUCUUUGGUCCAUUAUCUGAUGAUUCAGAAUGUGGGCAUGUGAAAACCUCAGUGACACCUAACAAUGGAGGUAGUGGUCACGUAUAUGACAAACUUCCAGGAAAGUGGCAGGUUUCCUUGGUGUAUGGUUCAGAUUCUGACUCAAAUGCUUCACUUCUUGGUCCGCGCGUAGAGUGUUACACUCCAGCAGCAGCCAUUAUGUCACGUCCUAGUGAAAAGGAACGUAAGAGACGUGAUAAAAAGAAACGAGACAAGAAGGCAAGCAAUGUGGAGUUAGUAGAGGCAGGGCGGGCACUAGAAGCCAAGCUUCUUAGUUCUGAUGAUUACUCUGAUCAGACACUGCCUAAGGCUCUUUUGUCAUCAGGUAAAACAGAGAAAGAUGAAGAUGGUGUUCCCGUCAAGGAAGAGACAGGAAAUAAUGAUGCUGACGUUUUUAGAUUCACAGAAGGUGAUGAAAGCUUAGAGGCUGCUACUGCUCUGUUACUUGAAAAAGCAAAGGAAAAGAAAAAGAAACGUAAGAAGUCGAAAGAAGAGAAACAAAGCAGAAGGGAGCAUCACCACCACCAUCAUCAUGACAAGUCAAAAUCUUCUCCUGAGAGGAAGUUGAGUAUAACAAGUUCUUUGGAGGAUAGCAAACCAUCUCCGUUGUUGUCACCAUUGCUGCCCAGCUUGGAGAUGCCAGUGAGCCCCCCUCUCAACAAACUUGCUGCAGAUCUCACAUCAAAUGAUGCACUGUCUAGAUCACCUUCACACCAUAAUUCUGUUAUUACUCCAGCUUCUACCACCACCAAGAGCAUUGAAAAGAAAAAGCCAGAUAAAUUUAUACCAGGAUUUGGCACUGCAAUUGAUGACAUCAUCCAUGAAACAGCAGUUAAAAGCAUAUCAGAAUUUGAAGCCCCCAAACCUAAAAUAGAACGUCUUGCAAAGGAAGAAAUUAGUGGGAAAGCAGAACAAGGGGCACCAAAGAAUGAUGGGCUUGGUAAUGAGGAAGAGAAGCCCCGAGCUGUCAUAUCACAAGAGGAGACAGAGGAUGCAGUGGCGGCAUUGCUAGGUGAGUCAUUUGGAGCAGAUUUUACUCCUGACUGUUAUGUAGGAGAAGGACAUGGUAGCCCACACAAUACCACACAUACAGGCACUGAACCUGCUCUGCCUACAGAUGAAGAAGAAGAGACACUCAAGGCCAUAGAGGCCAUUGAUAUGAAACCUGACACACCACAGUCUGAACCUGACUUGCAGAUUGAUACAGACACAGAUGGUGAUCCAGAACCCAGUUAUUCUGGCUUGCGAUUCAGUGGAGAUGACCAUUCCCCUCGAACACCUGACGGGAUAGAUUUUUCACGCCCACCAAAGACUCCUGAUAUACCAUCUUCUUAUUACAGGCAGCAGCAGGGUGCUAAACCAUUUGAGCAGGAUUCCCUGCUAACCAAACCAAACCUUCAGCCUGAGCCAUCACCGUCCAUUGCCAAACAAAUGUCUCCUGCAAGUGAAUCUGUAGAUGAGAAACCAGUGGAGCCCUUGGAGUAUGAACAAGAUCAAUCGCCUACAGGUUCUCCAAGUCCUAGUCCAUCCAUAUUACCUGACAGACCAGUUUCAGGAGAGGAACCAAAGUCUCAGUCAGAGCCUGAACCAGAAGUUGCUGCUUUGUCCAGUGACACUAGUGAUAAUCAUGUUGGCCAUGAACAGGAGGCAGAUAUUGUGCCAGACAUUCAUGUUCCAGUUGAGAGUGAUGAGACGGCCAUUCCUGUGCCACCUUGCAUAACAUUCAAGUCUGAGGAGGUGGCUGAAGCGAAAGACAUUGAUAUUGCAUCAGUCACACCAAAAUAUGAUGGUAUUGUACCAGCAGAUGACAACCACAGAAAAACUAAAUUGAAGGAAGAAGAUAAUACAGAAAUAAGCCUUAUGUGCCCUAAAGCUGAAGUUGAACUACAGCCAACACCAUUGGAAGCUUCAUCUUCAGAAAUGGACCCACCAUCUUCUCCUUGUCGCAGCCCUGUUAUAUCUAAAUUAAGCCCUGUUCCUGUGUUAGCACCAAGUGAAAUUUUAACAGAGACACCAGAUACUGUGAAGAAAGAAAUGGAUGUGCCCCUGAAGGAGGAACUGAAAUCCCAAGUAGACAAUGGAGACUUUGGACCAUAUCAAUUUGAAGAUGAUGUAGCAAGUAAAGAGAUUCCCACAGAUUCUGGUUACAAGCACAUGAAAGAUUGUGACAUGACAGCAUUCAAAAGCACUGAAAGUGGCACACGUCAAGACAAGAGCUAUAUUUCUUCUACAAAAGAAGACAGUGGCUUUGUUUCUGUUAUCAAGGAAGAGCAUGCUAGUGAUAUUGCUAGAGAAUCUGACUUUUCAGAACCUGAAGUGGACAUGAAGACUGAUAACGACUUUGUAACAAAUCUGCUAGCAUCAGACUCGAUGACUCAAUCACUCUAUAUUGAUGAAAAUAGCACAACUGCAUUGGAGGCUCACACUGAUGGUGGUUACAGUCCGUUCAAGGAGCGAGAGAUGGAUGUGGUAUCAGUUAUCAAGGAGCCAGACAACAGAUUUAAGACUGAGGAAGAACAAGACCCAUUUGCUUCCCCAAGACCCAUGUCUCCAACUUGUAAAGAGAGCUACGAAGAUCUGGCAGUUCAUAAAGAUAAUAAGGUGGAUGACAAGAAUGACCUCGCCGAUGCUAUUAAAGUUGAUGCAGACUUCUGGUCUGCUAAGGAAGUAAAUAUUGAGUCUGUAAUAAAGAAGGUGGAUGCACUGUGUUCUAGUGAUGAGAUGAAUUCGCAGAGGGAUUUGCCAGCCAAUGUGAAUGAGAAUGGAGUUAAGCUUUGGUUUGAUCAACUGAAGGAGAAAUCUGUUGAGCCUUCAGCUCCUGAAGAGACAAAGAAGGAGCAAGAGUCUGUAGAUGAAAUGUUUGUAAACCUGCAAUCACAAGUUGUUCCAGUCAAAGAAGAAGCAAAACCAAGUGCUAAAGAUAUUCAUGAAACCAAGGAAAAGGAUGAGCUCAAAGCAUGUGAAGAACAAGAACAAAGUAUUAUAAUCAAAUCACCAACCAAAGAGCUGGAUAACGAUACAGCAUUGUCCACAUCACCUGAUGAUAAGGAUGAGCCUCUUUUGUCUUCAUCAUCCCCUGAAAGAGAUCAAGUAGUAUCUUCAGCAGAAGAUGAAACACAGGACACAAGCACUGAUGUACAGAGCCCAGUGAGUGGACAAACUACUCCACGUUCUACUUCCCGUGGAGGAAGAGGUGGUCUACGCGGCAAGACACAGACUCGAAUAACUGGUGUUACAACACGCAGAUCCAGGCUUGUUGGGGGUCAGAAACCUGCAGUUGAAGGUGUUGCUAUCACCCCUGUUUCCCCCAGGAGGGGUGGAAGGAGAAGCAGAGGAAGUGGUAAUAAAGCAUCGCUUCAAGAUCAUAGUUCCUCUCCUGCCAACAAGAAGAUUACAACUGAUGUGUAUGAGUUUCGUGAUGACUCUGAGGAUGAAGGCAGCAACAGUGGAGAGAAAGGUCGACCACGGUUGAUACUUACCAUCAAGAGUCCUCAAGCCAGUGUAUGUGCCAGCAAUGUUGGGGGAAAGGAGGUCCAGGUUGCUACCAAGACAGCGCCAGUGCCAAUACCAAUAGUUGAGAUGAGAGAGGAGUUCCCAUCUCUGGCAACUCGUAAAUCUCGGCGUCUUCAAGAGCGAGACGGAUCUCGAAGUACUGUGGAUGAUGUGAUAGAGGAUGUUGUACGUAGUGCAGGGAAGGUUACUCGUUCUGCCACAGCUGCUGCACCUGCUGCUGUUAAUGCUGCAGGUAUAGGUUUAAGACUGAGGCGCUCAACAAGGCAGAAUAUCGCCAAUCAGAGGGCAACUGUUGUAGUACCUGAGCAGCCAAGGAAGUCACCUCGUGGUGUCAAGAAACAACAAAUCCAGCAGCGCAGGUUGUCAGAAACCCAUGAAGAAUCAAGUGAGGAGAAGAAGAAACAGACAGAUGGUGAAACAGUGGCUGUCAAAACACCAGAAUCUCCUGCUCUUGACAAAGACACAGAGAAUAAUUCAUCAAAGUCACCAGAUUCUUUUGCAGCUUCUGACAAGACAAGUAAGUCUGAGAAAGAUGAAUCUGCAACCUGUACAGUUUCUAAACCAGCAAAGCCUAGUGUUGAAGAAGAUGAUGGUGAACCCACAACUUUAAUAGAUCCUGUAACUGGGUUACUGAUUCCAAUGCGAGAAUCUGAAGAGGGACAGUAUAUUCCAGUGACGACAGCUCCUGUCAUUAUUCCUAUUCCAUCAGCACCUCAAAUUACAACCAGGUCUCUUUCAGAAUCCCAGGAAUUGCCUACCAUCGUAGCAGAAUCAGAUAAAAUAAGGGUGCGUGCUCACAGUCUGCCAACAAUACCAACUGCAUCAACAGGUUUCCAGCAGCCUCCUGCUCAUGAUGGGGUGCCAGCAGUUAGUGUGACACAACAAAGCCAUGUACCAGUCAUCUCAAAUUCUGUACCAAAGCCACUGUCCACUGCAUCAGUUACAGCCCCUCCUGGGCCAUCUGUUGUGGGACUAAGACCAGUUGGCAUCUGCAAGCUAGGUGUCCAGACACCAGCAUCCAGUACCAAAUCUGUGCCAACCACACUGAAAGCUCAUGUUUUGCAACAGACCACCAAAACUGCUCCAUCACAGUCGGUGAGUACCGCAACAAAAAUUGUGCAGUCAAUUCUGCCACCAUUGCCGCCCUCAGCUACAUCUGCAGCUCCACCUUCUGUCCUGCCACAGUCUUCAGCAUUGAAAGUGCAUACUGUUGCCCAGCCAGUAAUCAAGACCCAAGCUAUAUCGACUACAGCACCAGUGUCACAUUCUAAGACUCGAGAAGUGGUAGUCCACCAGUCACAAUCACAACCAUCUUCUGUAGGUGUGGCAAAGAGCAUACAGUCGGUAGUUCCCAUCAAUCCAAAAGCACAUUUACUUCAGGCAGUGACAGGAACUAAGUCUCCUGGAGGACAGACAGUUGUGGUGGCUCCUGGACAGGGGCAGAUGCCUGUGGUGAGUAAGAUCCAUCAUGUGAGUGGUCCCCAACCACCACAAUCCCAACACAUAGCAGUGAACAUGAAAGCCUCAUCACCAGGAGCCCUUACACCUAAAGCCCACUUACUGCAGGCUGUCACGGGUGGUCCGCCCAAGACUGGGUCCAAUUUUGUGCCUCAGCAGAAGUCACCUCAUUCAGCGCUUAUGAGUGUAGGGGGCAGUAAAGUUCCUACAUCUAGUCCUCCCCAGCCUCCUAAGGCACAUCAUGGUCCAGCGCAGCAGCCCAUCUUAACCGGAGCAGUAGCCAGUCCACCACUGAAGGCACCACACCUCUCUAGCCAGCAGCCAGUCGUUACUGGGGCCAGUAGUUCACGAGCUGCCGUGCCAAAGUCUCAGCUGCCAAAUGUGGCUAGUCCCCAUCUCUCACAGCAUAACAAGGGCUUGAUGGACCCUCCUAAAGUGGAUGUGUCACUUGGGGGCUGUAUUGUGGUUCCCACUGCCAGUCCACAGCCUCGUGGUCAGGUUUUGCAAGCUGGGUUGCCUGUACCAGCAUAUGAAGCUUCAUUGCAGCAUGCAGGCUCUGGUGGGGUGGUGGCGGAAUUACUUCCGAAUCCUCAGUUUGUGCUGGCACAGAGGCAGCAGUCCCCCCCGCCCGCACACCAACAGGGAGAGGUGGUGCAGCAUGUGAGCUUCCCACAUCAUAUGCGCAACCCACCACAUGACUUGGCACCUCAUUAUGUUCAUCCUCAGAUCAUGUAUCAGCAGUAUCUGCGCGCACACCAAGAGGCUCUGACAGCUCACAUACCUCACUAUUUGUCUCAAGGGGCUGUACGAUCACCAUUGGUAGCAGGAUUGGAGGUGAAAUCUGAGCCUGACUCAGAUGAGGCACAUGGUAGCAGCCCACCAUUGGAGCUUCGCAGACCAUCUAGCAAUGGGGCUGUGGCACGUGGAGCAGGCACAGCAGUCCACAGCUUGCAGUCACCACACGAUCGUACCACUGACUCACCGCAGGUGGCCACUGUUUAUGUUCAUGCCGCAUCACGUCUCCCUCAUUAUACACCCCCACAGCAACCUCCACCACGCUAUUAUGAACCUGGAGCAGAACCUCCACCAGCGCAUCUCCGUACAUCACGCCACCACCACCCAUUGCCUGGUACUGAGGCACCGGCCAUGCAGCCUCGCCUACAGGUGGCUACGCCUCCUCAUGCCAGCCAAGUACCGCCACAAGCAGACUCUCUACUUACGCUUCUGCAGCGUUACCCAGUCAUGUGGCAAGGCCUGUUGGCUCUGAAGAAUGACCAAGCUGCUGUCCAAAUGCACUUUGUGUUUGGUAAUCCACAUGUUGCACGUGAAUCCCUUCCCUGCAACUCAGAUGGCAGUACACCACCUCUGCGUAUUGCUCAACGGAUGAGACUUGAACAGACGCAAGUCGACGGUGUUGCAAGGAAGAUGCAGAUGGACAAUGAGCACUGCAUGUUGCUUGCCUUGCCCUGUGGCCGAGAUCACCUGGACGUUCUGCAGCAGUCGAACAACCUGCAGACAGGAUUCAUAACGUAUCUUCAACAGAAACAGGCAGCAGGCAUUGUCAAUAUUGCUGCACCAGGCUGUCAACAUGCUGCAUAUGUGGUGCACAUCUUUCCAUCAUGUGACUUUGCCAACGAGAACUUGGAACGCAUUGCACCUGACCUAUUGCACAGAGUGGCAGACAUUGCACACCUGCUCAUCAUCAUAGCCACUGUGUGAAGCACUCAUCAUCGGCGAUAUCGGCAAUCACGUGAAGAGGGAAUGUUUAUUAUAGCUUUCCUACAAAAUUAAUUUUGGCUAAAUUCCUUGUAAUUUCUCUUUCCUCGUAAGUAAUAGAUGCUAUGUGUAACUGAAGUAUGAUUUUCUGCAUACACGCCUGAGAGGAGAGAAAGCUAGUGUCAUCACAUGGGGCAUACUUUUCUAAAGUUAAAUUGUCAAAAUGUUAUAGAAAGAAUUACGCACUUUCAGACAUGUCUGAACCAUUCGUUACAUAUGUGUGCUGUAUCUAAAAUGAGAAGGCGAUCAAUUUAAAAGGAGUUGAGGUUAAGUGACCGCUUAAUCACAUUCAAUGUAAUGUGGAUUUAUGAAGUGACCAGCAGCCACAAGCUGCGACGUGACCAUGUAUUGCUUGUAAAGUACAAGUUUGGUAUGACCUGAAAGAAAUUCAUCUACUUAAUAAGACGUCUCACAAAAAGUGAGAAACCACCGAUAGAGGAACUGACAGACUUUUCAUAAUUAAACGUGGCAUUCAUUUUAACAGCAUACUACAAAUACUAAUAUGAUGGAUCUUGUACACCUGUAUUAUGUUCAAAAUGACGUGGAACGUGACUGGUUCCAUUAGUGGCGUUCUAUGAAACAUGUCGAUAAUAUGUAAAUUGGAUGUGAAUUUUUAAUCGUCCCAACCCUCCUGUAGCUAUACGAGCGACUCUAAGCGAAUGUUUUGUUUACUUGAUGUACAGUUCUGUAAUUAUAACAAUUGUAAAAUUCUUGUUGCAUCUUCAUAACUCUGGACUGAUCUACUCAUUGCAUUCAUCAUCAUUAAUUUUAAAAUCACCUCACCAAUGUAUAUUUUGUACAUAAACAUAAUAAUCAUUGUGUAUUGUUGUUUGAAUUUUAGUCCAGGUACCUAUUAUAAAUACAUACGAUGCAGUAUAAAUAUAUGUAUAUAUAAAGAUUAAGGCUCAUCGUAAUAUUCAUAGAUGAUUGUAGUUGUAAGUAGUAUCCAGAUGUUUAGAUAAUAGAUGCACAGUUCACUGUCAUUCCUACUAAAUUGUCAAUGCAUUUCUUGGUAUUAGCUGUUCUCCCCUUUGCAGUCAGAAUGCGUGCAAUUAGUUGUUUAUUAUUACUUGGCUUGGAAAAUGUGAUGAUAAUGUAUCAUCAAAUAUCUUACAUUCUAGAAGGUAGUAGUCUUUACUUUUUCUUUUUAAAUUUAGAUUGUCAGUAAUGGUGAAAAAGUGUUUUUCAAUGUCAGUUUGCUCAAAACGUCAUCCCAGAUUCUAUUUUCACUUUUUAUUGUGUAAAAGUGAGUAAAUCAUUAUCAUAUAUUUUUUGAUGUGUACAAAAAGAAAAGGAGAACUGGACACAAUGCUCGCUCGCAUGUUUGGAUUUGCAGCCAACUGAGUUCCCCAGAUCGUGACAGGAAACAAAACUUGUAAAUAUUUCAGAGACUAUCUUAGGCUGUGAUCUCUCUGCAUUAAGUUACUGAAUUUAAUUUGAUAAAAAGAUCGUCCAGUGAUUUAAGUUAUUUAAUGAAUGAAAAUAUAAAGUGUUAAUAAAAAUAAAUGGAAAUUC